UCCUCACACGCUUAAGUACUUUGAGCUUCACGGAAGCCCAGGCAUAUCUACCUUAAGAGGAUCUGCGAGGUCAGGGUGGCACAAUCCUUCCUUCCCCCAUCACAGUGGCCAGAUCAGGCAGAUUACAAGCAGCCCAGCAAGGCCGCAACAGCUUCUGUGUCCCAGUUCAUCUUAAAUAAGGACGCCAUCUUCUUUUAUUGUUCAAGAAAGACGUGUCCUUGUCAUACAACAGGAAAAAAAUGCUCUUUUGGCUGUUAGCCUUUCUGAUCCUUUGUGGUUUUCUGUGGAAUUAUAAAAGACAGCUAAAGAUCGCAAACAUCACUGAUAAGUACAUUUUCAUCACUGGGUGUGACACUGGCUUUGGAAACUUGGCAGCCAGAACUUUUGAUAAGAAAGGGUUUCAUGUAAUUGCUGCCUGUCUGACUGAAUCGGGAUCAACAGCUUUAAAGGCAGAAACUUCAGAGAGGCUUCAUACCGUGCUUCUGGAUGUAACUGACCCAGAAAAUGUCAAGAGGGCUGCCCAGUGGGUGAAAAACCAAGUUGGGGAGAAAGGUCUCUGGGGUCUGAUCAACAACGCCGGCAUUCUUGGUGUGCUGGCACCCAACGACUGGCUGACGGUCGAGGACUACAGAGAACCUGUUGAAGUGAACCUGUUUGGACUCAUCAGUGUCACGUUAAACAUGCUUCCCUUGGUCAAAAAGGCUCGAGGGAGAAUUAUCAAUGUCUCCAGCAUUGGGGGUCGGCUUGCAUUUGGUGGAGGGGGCUAUUCUCCAUCUAAAUAUGCAGUAGAAGGCUUCAAUGACAGUUUAAGGCGGGACAUGAAAGCUUUUGGUGUGCACGUCGCUUGCAUUGAACCAGGAUUGUUCAAAACCAAUUUGUCAGAUCCAGAAAAGGCUGCUGAAAAAACACUUGCCAUUUGGAAGCAUCUGUCUCCAGACAUCAAACAACAAUAUGGAGAAAGCUACAUCAAGAAAAGCCUAGAACAAUUGAAAGGCACUGCGUCCUUUGUGAACGUGGACCUGUCCCUGGUGGUGGAGUGCAUGGACCAUGCUCUCACAAGUCUCUUCCCUAAAACCCGUUAUGCUGCUGGAAAAGAUGCCAAAACUUUCUGGAUCCCUCUAUCUCAUAUGCCAGCAGUUUUGCAAGACUUUUUAUUGUUGAAACAGAAAGUAGAGCUGGCUAAUCCCAAGGCAGUAUGACUCAGCUGAUGACAAAUACCUGCCCCAGGCUGUGAAAUUGGCUGAUUUCUAGGACACAUCUCCUCAAUCUCAUUCUUUACCUAAUCCAAACUGGACUCAUUCAGAUCAAACUUCUUUUGGUAAAAAGACGGGCUGCCACCAUCACCUUUGAGGUCCCAGGGUCCCUCCUCAAAUUUUUCUUGAGAAGGUGGGCAGGGGUGGCACCUGCCCGAUAUUGAGUCUUUGCCUGCUGGUUAUAAUGUAUGGAAAGUGGACAGGCUUUCCCAUCCAAAAUGAUUUUUCACCCGUGCCUGACCCAUGCUUCUAAUCCACACCACUUAGAGUGACUCUUGAAUGUUAAAUAUUUGUCCCUGAUCAAAAUAUUAAGAGAUAAGUAGAAUAAUUUCCUAAAGGGGGAUGGGAUGUGCUAUCUUGCUGAGAAUAAGAUUCUAAAGAACUGGAACUCGGUUCUGUGAGCUUCAAUGGGGACAGGAGAAGAAAGGGUAAUAGGGCAUUGUGAGACUGGUGGAAGCUAAGGGGGCAGCAGAAAAAUAGUAGGUAAGGGUGCAAGUAGGAGGGAAGAAAAAGGAGAGAAGGAAUAGAGGACUAAAAAAAAAAAGAAACAGGUGUAAAAGUGUAGGUAGGGAGAUUCCAGGACCGCCCUGUGGAUAGAUGGUAACAGCAGAGGAACUUGUCAUUCCAAAAGAAGAAAAAUGUAGAGCCUGUGUGUUUAUCCUGGAGCUUGUAAAUGUAACGAGACAUAGACUCUUUGAUAUAACUUACACCUGAGAUGGUUGGGAAAUCCAGUAUGUGAGGUGUCUCUGAAGCCUCAUGAAAAUACAGAGCUAAAUUCAGAGACUCUCUUUCACCAACAGUUACGGGGACAGCAGGCCUGCUGCUGGCUCAUUUAAUGGUUCUAAACUGGGUUGACUCGGAACCCACACCCCAUCCAAAAGAAACGGCCUAAACAGAUGCUUCCCCAAACCCCAGCACCCAGUAUCAUUCACAAAGGUUGGUUGAAUAUUUAUAUGAAAAAACCCAAAGUGUCGAAUUUUAAUAUCUGUUGCAGGAUAAUAUGGGCUCCCCUGGUGGCUUAGAUAGUAAAGAAUCUACCUCUUUGCAGGAGACUGGAAUUCAAUCCCUGGGUUGGGAAGAUCCCCUGGAGAAGGAAAAGGCAUGAAUACUGGAGAAUCCCAUAGACAGAGGAGUCUGUCGGGCUACAGUCCAAGGGGUCGCAAAGAGUCAGGCACAACUGAGCAACUCACAUACUUGGGUAACCACAGAAUAAUACAGAGUGAAAGAGUUGGGGAAAUUAUCUAGUGUGUAUGUUUGUGCAUGCACAUGCACGCGUGCACACACACACGCUGAAUUUACUAUGAAGAAAAUAUUUAAUAUCUGCUGCUUAAAACCAUGUUCUUUUGAAGAUGUCAGUAAUCCUAUUCAUUUUCACUCAUCUUUCUGGAAACAUCUGCCUAUGAGGGAGCUACCUCCUCUGACAUUUACAACAUACUGAUGACUUUCAAAAAUCAAAUUUCCAAUGGUAUCAGGUCCAUAUGUUUCAUUAUUUUGAGAAAAGAUACACUCAUCCUUUUUACAUGAAAAUGAAGACAGUCACAGCAAGAAUCAUAGAGAAAAAUUCUCAAGCAAAGUGAUCUCAACUAUCCUCACCACCUAUCAGAGGACUCAUCUCCAUCUUGAUCCUACAAGCCCGAGACCGUUCCCCCUGUACAUCCCUGAUUUCUUCUGUUUGGAAUUAACACCAGGCGACUGUCACUCAUCUUGUCCUUGGAGAUGAAGUUCAUCCACAUCGUUUGCUGAGGCUCCUCCUUCUCACCUUGAAUUCCUAGAUCUUGGGUUCAUUUCAUUGCUUUAAAAAUAUCUAACCUGGGACUUCCCUGGUGGCUCAGUGGCUAAGACCCCAUGCUCUCAAUUCAGGUGAGCCUGGGUUUGAUCCCUGGUCAGGGAACUGGAUCCCACACGGCACAGCUAAAGAUCCCACAUGCUCACAACUAAGACCUGAUGCAGCCAAGUAAAUAAAUAUUUUAAACCAAAUCUAGCCUGCUGCUCCCCAGCCUUCCAGGCCCCUAGGGCUGCCCAGACUUUUAGAAUCUUCCAGAACAUCCCUUGCUGAACUUUCCACUGUGCAGUUGAGCUUGUGUGCAUGCAUGCUCAGGCAUGUGUGACUUUGUGUGACCCCAUGGACUGUAGCCUGCCAGGCUCCUCUGUCCAUGGAAUUCUCCAGGCAAGAAUACUGGAGUGGAUUGCCAUUUCCUUCUCUAGGGGAUCUUCCUGGCCCAGGGAUAGAACCUGAGUCUCCUGCAAGAAUCUCUGGCAGAUUCUUUACUGCCUGAGCCAUCUGGGAAGUGCUGAACUUUCCUAAUGGUUAUUUCCUUUGUUUUGCGUAGACCUGAGUUCUUUACUCAUUUCUCCAUGUAGUUACAAUUGAUAAGUCCCUGUUUCAUCCAACCGAAAAAAAAAUGCUGUACUUAAAUAAAUGCUGCCAAAUUAUGGUAUCACUUCAAAAUAAAACCAAAUAUAUUCACCCAAGCAACUUUUAAAACUUUUUCAACUAAAUGAGGAGGUGAAGGUAUUUGAAGUAGAAAGGCAUAGUCUCAACAAAAGCGCAUGACCUCGGAGGGAGGGAGGGACACUGCGGCAAAGGUCUGAAGUAUAGGUUUCUAGACUUCUCCCCUUGUUGCCAUUGCUUCUUAUAUUCUCUGUGCUCUUGGGAAAAUAUCAUAUAUUUAUCAUAAUAUUUUGGUGGACAUAUGUGCUGGGCUUUCUGCUAAGCACUGGCCAACAGUCAGGAACAAGACAUAGUCCCUUUCUUCACAGAGCUUAAGGUAAACCAGAGAUGGAUGAAACUGGAGCCUAUUAUACAGAGUGAAGUAAGUCAGAAACCAAAACACCAAUACAGUAUAUUAAUGCAUAUAUAUGGAAUUUAGAAAGAUGGUAACGAUGACCCUAUAUAUGAGACAGCAAAAGAGACACAGAUGUAAAGAACAGACUUUUGGACUCUGUGGGAAAAGGCGAGGGUGGGAUGAUUUGAAAGAAUAGCAUUGAAACAUGUAUAUUAUCAUAUGUGAAACAGAUCGCCAGUCCAGG